AUGAGCAAGGUUCAAUUCAUGGAUCAAUUAUUACGAGAUUUCAGGGAAGUCAGUGCUGUUUAACAGAAGUCAUCUGUCAAUGAGUCUUUCUUGAAGGAAGAGAGCACAGGCCCUUAAAUCAUACUAACCAAUAAUAAAAACAGAUUGAAGUUGAAAGAAUAUAGUAAAAAGUUAAGCCAUUACAAAUAAGAGAUGGUUAACAUUUCAAAUUAGAUUGAUUUGGAAUAUGCAAGAUUCAAGGAAUCCAAAAUAUCAAUGGCAACAAUCAUAACAAGAGAGAUCAAUAAAUUAUAAAAACAAGAUGAGGAUCAAAUCAAAGAAAUGCUAGUUUUCGUAAGAAAAUUAAUUGAAUUUAAUCAAAAGAUAACUCUUGAAAUUGAAAACGUGUUUGAAAAGUAUUGAUAAGUGCCCUAUAUCAUAUUAGUCAAUAAACAGUGUCAUCUCAAGAGGUUGAGGCUGCUGCUCAAGUGUUCCAAGAGGUCGAACAACAAGUGUUAGCUCUAAAGGAUAAAAGAUUGGAUCUAGGCUCUAUGGACUUUAAGUUAUUGUCCAUGAGUGAAUACAAUAGAAUCACCUUACAAUUAUAAGAAUAGAAACUAAACAAUUAAGAAUAUUAAAAUAGUCUAUUUAAAAAUGAAUAGAAAAUAAAUCUGAUGUUAAGUCAAUAAUUGGAGGAGAAAAAUCAAAUCAUUCAUUAAUUAUAAAAGAAUUCCUUAUGGGAACAAUGGAGAGAUCUAGAAUAAUUGAUAUUCAAUCAACUAGAGAGAUUUCGAAUUCCGUAACCAAAAUCAGAUAGCAAUCUAGUUAAUUAUGUGUUUGACUAUUUAGACCAAUUGGUUUAUAAUCAAGAAUGUGAAAUUAAAGAUUUAUAAGAUUAGAUUUUCAAAUACCAGAAAGAAAUUGAUGAAGUAAAAUAGGAGAAUGAAAUUAUCAUCAAGGAGAAUAAGCAGAUCCAAAACUAAGUAAAACUAAGAAUUGAUGAGAAACAUUAAGAAAAAUUGCAGCUUCAAGAUGAAAUGAAGAAUAUUCUGAAUAACAGUAUUGAAGUUGAAAAAGAGAAUUAAGUAUACAAUAAUCAAUUAUAAAUGUAUACUCAUCAAAUUAAACAACUUCAGAAGAGCAACACCAAUUUGUAUAAGGAAUUGCAAAAAUACAAAAAUGAUGUCAAUGAAUUAAAUGAUAUUAGAGUGAAAUUAGAGGAGCAAUGUGAAAAACAUUUAUCAAUCAUUGAAAGACUCAAUAAAUAGAAUAAUGAAUUAGAAUCCAUCUUAUACUAAUCCAAAAAUAAUGAAAAUGAUGAAGUCAAACAAUAUAUUCAUUUAUCCAAAUCUCAAUCCAAUAGAAUUCAACAAUUAGAAUCUGAAUUAUAUAAUACUCAAUAACAGAAUUCAAACUUAUCAGAUAGAUAGAAAGAAUAAGAUGAGUAAUUGCAAUAAUUAAGAAACUAAAUUUUAGACCUUUAAAAGUCAAUUCUUAAUCAAGAAAAUGAAAUUAAGAAAUAACUGAAACUUAAUGAUGCAUUGUAGAAAUAAUUGAAAGAAAGUUAUGAACUAAAUAAUACAUAAAAUUCUGAUUUUAAAGAAUUAGAUGAAGAAAUUAAAUAUUAAAUUAAAUACAAUGAACUUCAAAAAGAAUACAAAGAAUAUAAAGUGUAAACAGAAAAUAGAUUAAAAAAAGCAUUAACAUCGUCUUAGGAACUUUAAUAAAGGUUUCAGAUCUAGGAGUAGGAAAAGUUGUUAGAGAGUCAUAAAUUGAUUGAAAAAGAAACAACUCUCAAGAGUGAAAAUCAAAUCUUAAAUCAGAAACUCAAUAUGUUACAAGAGUAAUUGAAAUAAUAAGAAAUCAAUUAAUUAAAUGAAAUCAAAGUUACUAAGCUAGCAUUAGAAUAAACAUAGGUUUAAUACCAAUAGUAAUCUUAAUUAUUUGAUAAAUUGAAACUUUAAGCUUCAUAAUUAGAACGAGUAAUCAUUUUAUCUUAUAUUUUAGGCUGUGCUAGAUAAAUAGACAUUGAUCUAGCAACUUUAAGAUGAACUAGAUAGUAAUUCUGCUUAAUAUGAAUAAUAAGUCAAUGAAAUUCAAUAGGAAUAUAAUUGUGUUGUUGAAGUACUAAUUUAAAAUUAAACUUAGGAAAAAUAAUCUCAAAUCACAUCAUUAUAAUAGACAAUUUCCAACUAAAAACAUGAGAUUAUGCUUUAACAAAGAUAAAUUGAUUAGUUAGAAUUUUAGAAACAAUAAGAUUUAUUGUAAUACAAAAUUGAGAAUGAUAAGAAGUCUCUGUAAUUUGCAAAGGAAUUAGAGUAAGUCAAGGAUGUCUUGAAUUCUUCUGUAAGCUUUUAGCAAAUAAAAGAAAAUGAAAAAUCGUUUUAGAAAAAAGUGUCAUAAGUUUAGGAAUCUUCUAAUAAAUCUAUAGUUCAAACCCAAUAAAAAUAUGAAUAGAUUAUUUAAGACUUAGUUAAAUAAUACGAUAAAUAAAUAAACUACUUGUAGGACUAAUUACAACUCUAAAAUAGAUUGGAUUUUUAAUAAAACCGCAAUAGUUAAAAACCCCCAAGAGGUUAACACAAGAGUCCUAAUUGCUAUACUAAUUCUCCAGCCUCAUCUAUAUAACAAAGCUUUUACAGAGAAGUGGCUAAAUUCUCAAAAGAUUUAGAUGAUUCCUAAGAGUCUAAUUCUCAAAAAAGGGCAACAGGAGUCAUUAAAUAAAAUAAACAUAUUUUUAUUGAAGAUGAUAACAAUACAAGUUAGGAAUAAACUUCAUCUGUUUAAAAUUAUAGCAGUUCUGGAAGAGUAUAAAUACAUGAUCAUGCUGUACAAACAGAUUAAUAAAAUGAAGAUAUCUUCCCUCCUUUUGAUCAUAGGAUCUGUUUAAGGUGUAAAAAAAAUGAUAUGAUUGCUCCAAAUUUUUGUAAAUUCAAGGAAGUCAAUUAAUUUACAGACUUAAGCAACGUAAAUUUAUAUUUAUAUUUUAUAGAGUUAAGGAAGCGCAAGUAGGUUAAAAUCAUCAAGAGUGUUAAAAGAACAUAUAUAUGGAAGUAAUUUAAGUUGGAGAUAAAGGGAAACUAAUUCAAUCACUAAGUCAAACUAUUUUUCUAUUGGAGAAAAAACAUCAUAAGGAAUCAAUACAAUUUUAAGCUUAAUAAAUAUAGAGAAUACCUAAUUUAAAAGAAGUGCUAGUUAAACAAGAAAUAAAAGAAACUCAGAAAGUUUGUCAAUCUCAUUUAGUUCUAAAAUGGAUACAAACCGAAGUAAUUAAUGA